AUGGUCUACCAUGGUUAUAUUGUUUCCCGGCGUCCCAUUGAUUGUUUGUGGUGGGCGUUCUCGGUGGGGGAGGCCCUCCCCGAGAAACUGCACUGCGGCGUGGGAACCAACACCUUCGCGGAUUGUCCCCAAUGCUUAGAGAGCGCCAUGAAUUCUGGCGUCAUCGACUUUUGGUGGAACUGGGGUUAUGUGCCACGGCUGCAUGGCCAGUUUCAAGGUAGCCCCGUGGCUGCGAAGGCCACGCGAAGCUUCACGCCGAUGAUUUGGGGCACCAAAGUCCCCAAGAAUUUCAAUUUCUUCAACCUGGGCAGCGAGUAUAUCAUGGGCUACAACGAGCCAGAUCAGUACGGCCCGGCGUGCGCGGGCGAAAGUUCCAUCGGCACCUUCGGCUGCGCAGAGGAUGAGUAUCGACCUGCCACCAGUGCUGGCUUUGCUGAACUCUUCGACCCGGCCAAGGCGGCUCAGGAGUGGCAAAAGUUGGUGAACUUCCUCGCGAAGGUGCCUCGGGCAGCAGGCGCGUCUUUGACGCGCCUUGCUGCCCCCUCCAUGGCGCAAGCCGCAAGUCCAGUGGAUGACUGUCACAAAGACCCGGCAGCGCCAUCGAAUCUGAAGUUCUGCCGUGGAUGGCUUCAAAGCUUCAAGGCAAAGACAUUGACCUUGAAUUGCACAUCCUUGACGGGUGAAAGAUGCAACUGCUGGGAUGUCAUCGAGGCGCUGCCCAUCCAUGCCUAUUCUCGCAACGCGCAGGAAAUCAAAGAAAAACUGAAGCAGUACCAUGAGGUCUUCCGGGAAGACUUCGAGGGCCGCAACGGGCGCCGUCCCAAAAAGCUCUGGCUCACGGAGGUCACCAUGGGUAGCAACGAAGCGCAAGAACUGGUGACGUUUGUGGAGGAGCUCAUGAACCCACAGAACGGGCUGCAAAACCGAGAGAUCUUUGGCUUUGUCGACCGCAUCAGUUGGUUCUCGGAGUGGAGCAUGGGUGCCUUUCAGCUGUCCUCCUAUACUCCGCAGCAAGAUGAGGCCUGGUCAUCCAGCUUGUUCGAGCCUACCACUGGACACUUCACCCCACACGGGGCGCGCUUCAUCCACCAUUGUGGAGGUGGCACGCCGCAACAGCCGGUGGCUGAGUCGCUUGGCGAUGUUUUUUGUUUUGGUUUAGGCAUGUCGUCCACCCCCGGCGGCUUCUCCACCACGGACUCGGAAGGCGCUGCCGAGCCGCGGCAGAUGCCGCGCAUGGAGAAGUGGAGUGAUUUGACCGAAGAUGUGGAUUAUAAUGAACAGUUGCAAGAGGAUGUUUUUCUCGGCAAAUUGGAAAUCAAGAACACUUUUUAUAAUAUCCCCGUGGAAAGCUCGAUGACACCAGAGGAAAAGUUGGAGAAGGAAUGGACUUCGGCUCCUCCAAAUUUGUUGCAGAGAUCAUGGCGCACCAAAUUUCCAGAAAUGGAGGCGGCACACAACCGCGGAGAAUGCAAGCCUUGCGGUUAUUUCUUAUACAAAGCGGAUGGGUGCCGGAAUGGCGAUCGCUGCCCGUACUGCCACUUGUGCAAGAAAGGUGAGAUCAAACGUCGCAAGCGGAUGAAGGCCAAAGGCUCCAAGGAAUCCACCGCAGCUUGGCCGAUGAAUCGAAGUGGCUGCCGAAGCGAAGCGAUGAUGAUGUCCCUUAGAAGCCUGGAGCAAGGUGGUGCUCCAGUUCUAGGCCGGUGGGGAUCCUUCACCCGGCCUUGCAUGCUGUCUGGCGCCGUAACCGCCCAGCCGGCGCCGCAAAGUAGGAUGCAGACGCAGACGUUCGUGGCGACUCGUGGCAACGGUGCCUCGGUGCGUACCUCUCCUCUAAAGGAUGAUCACCUGAGACCUGCCGAAAAAGACCUGACCAACGCACCGACCGUGUGCGACAGAGAGCACUUGCAGCUUCUAAUUCAGCGUGCUCCCGCGCCGUUGGGUGCCUGCUCCAUUGGGGCAGCAGUGAGCUGUCCCAAAGGAGGCAGCUGUCAGGGGAAUCAAUGCUGCCCUGAUGGAGCCUCGGCGAUUUCGAUUCCCAGCACUGGGUCCCCUGGGUGGCUGGUGCUUUGGAACAUGGCUUGGAAAAAAUGGUGGUGA